AUGAAUAAUUUAAUUCGUAGAUCAUUAUUAAAUCAAAUAAAUUUAAAUAGAGCAGGUCAAAAAUUUAGACAAUCAAUAGGACUUGCCAGAAGUGGUAAUGAAGAUGGUCCACUUCAUGAUUUACCAGAUUUUCAUUUUGCUAAUGGUGAGUUCCCAGCUUUAACAGAUACACAAAAGAAAUGGAUGAAAACAAGAAUUAAUGAAGCAAAGAUUUUAAAUAAAAUUGUAAAUGAUGUUGAAACUCAAAGAAAUAAAGUUAUUGGUGCUAUUAAGACUUUGGAGCAAAAAACUAACAAAUCAAUUCAAAACAAAAAACAAAAGAAGAUUCAAAAAGAUACUUUGUUUGAAAAGAAGAACGAAUAA